AACAGUAUGGAAGUCACGCCGAAAAACCGACAAUUCUACUCCAUUCCGGAGACUGAGAAACACGUGGACACUGUUGGGAAGACGAAAACUGAAGGUUUGGUCAAGUACAUCUCAGAAAAUAUCAUCGGUAACGAGAAAGUAUUCAGUGGACCUUUUGGUCUCAGAAAAGUGACCUAUCUGGAUUACACAGCGUCAGGAAGGGGAUUGAAAUUCAUUGAGGAUUAUAUACAGAAUGAAGUUUUACCUGAAUAUGGAAAUACGCACACAACAACAAGUAUCACCUCUCUCCAGACAACUCUUUACCGACAUGAAGCCAGAGAUAUAGUGCGGAAUGCUGUCCAUGCCAGUGAGCAUGACUCUGUGAUAUUCUGCGGAAGUGGAACUACAGCUGCUGUCCAUAAACUGAUUCAUGCUUUGAACCUAACGAAGCCUCCGGUUGUAUUUGUCAGUCCAUAUGAGCACCAUUCCACACUACUACCAUGGAAGGAAGUCGGAGCUAAGGUGCUGAGGAUUAAAGAGGACCAGUAUGGCUGUUUGUGUUUGGCUGACCUUGAAGCCAAGUUACAGCAAUGGAAGACCAGCGACCGACAGCUGAUUGGAUGUUUGAGUGCGGCCUCAAACAUCACAGGCAUGCUGGUUGAUGUUGAUGCUGUAACCGUUUGUCUGCAUCGUCACGGAGCUCUGGCCUUCUGGGACUACGCUACAGCAGCUCCUUAUUUAAAGAUUGACAUGAACCCAGUUAGCACAAAUGAGGACCAGCCUUACAUUUAUAAGGAUGCCGUUUUCAUCUCACCGCACAAGUUUGUUGGAGGAGUUUCCACUCCAGGUGUUUUGGUGGCUAAAAAGAACCUCUUCCGUAAUAUCGUACCAGAGAAGUGUGGUGGAGGAUCUGUGUUUUAUGUUAGAAGAGAUGGACAUCGAUACCUACAGGAGCCAGAGCUAAAAGAAGAGGGUGGCACACCCGCUAUUGUCGAAUCUAUUAGGGCAGGACUCGUGUUUCAGCUGAAGGAAGCUGUCACUGCUGAGGAAAUCAUGGCUAAGGAACAUGAUCUUUACAAAAAAGCGUGUGAGAUGUGGAGCGACUGUGAUAAUUUGGUGAUUCUAGGUAACCCCAUCAACAACAACAGACUUCCUAUCUUCUCCUUCCUGGUGUAUCAUCCCGCUGCCGGUCGUUUCCUCCAUCAUAACUACGUCGCCGCUGUGCUUAAUGAUCUGUUUGGUAUUCAAGCUAGGGGAGGAUGUGCAUGUGCAGGGCCUUAUGCCAUGGACUUGAUUGGUUUGGAUGAGAAGACAGCAACACAGAUAGAAGACUUGCUAGCAGAAGACGGUAGACUGGACAGGACUCAUCUCCGGCGUUAUCGUGAAUAUUCACCACGCGAAAUCAUCAGACCAGGAUUUGUGAGAAUCAACCUACCAUACUUUUUACAAAAGGACACAUUUGAAUUUGUGAUGGAGGCAGUAAAACUGACUGCAGAACAUGGCUGGAAGCUGUUGCCUCAAUACAUGUUCAAUCCAGAAACUGGGGAAUGGCGACAAAAAAAUUUUCAGGUCUUCAAGGAUAGAAAAUGGUUGGGCCAUAUACAGUACAGCUCAGGGGAGAUGAAGUACAGAGUACCCCCACCUGUUGUCAAAGGUCCAUUACCUACAGACUACCAAGAUUGCCUUCAGAAAGCCAAGGAUCUUUUCAGGCAAGCAGAGAAGACAAAGUACCAGCUGUCUGAUCACACACAGAUGUUUGAUGAGCAGACCCAGACUUACAGGUGGUUCUUACUGCCAAGUGAAGCCGCCCUGUGUCUUAAUGGGCACUCAGCAACAGCUAAAGAUGAUGGCUUUGUAUUGCCGUUUUGUCCUCCAACUAUUCGUGAACGUGUAGGACUACCAUCGUUUGUGGCUGGUGGACAGGAGGAGCAAGUAGAAGUGGGUCCACUCACACAACAAGAUGGUGUAGAGAGUUCACUUGAAAACAAAAAUUGCCUCCCUACAGAGGCAGCAACUGCAGGGUUUAGCGAGAAAAUGAUGAAGGCUCUAAACAGUGGAUUUCAGAUUGACAAGCGUAAAUUUGAAGAGGUUACUGGCAGCAAGUCAGAGGAAGAGGUAACAUAUCAAGAGGGAUGUGAUAAGUGCGAGGAGGAAGGUAUCACUGAUCACCUUAAGGAGAGUGUCAACAGACCCCAAGAAACUGGAGCUAUCGAGAUGUUGUGUAAAGAAACAGUGAUAUGUUCAGCAGCAAAGCGACGAAAAAUGGAAGAAAGUUCAAAUGCUGACUUUAACAUGCAGGACACACAAAGGUCACAAGGCUUACUAAGGUCAUCAGACACACAGAAGACAGAGGACACUAAAGAGACACCAGACACACAGAAGACACAGGAUACUCAAAAGACACAGGACACACAAAAGACACCAGACACACAAAAGACACAGGACACACAGAAGACACAGGACACUCAAAAGACACCAGACACACAGAAGACACAGGACACUCAAAAGACACAGGACACACAAAAGACACCAGACACACAGAAGACACAGGACACUCAGGGGUCACAGGACACACAAAAGACACCAGACACACAGAAGUUGCAGGAAAAACAGAAACCAAUAGAUAGCAAAAAUAAAUCUCCUAAAGGUUUGAAAGAGAAGAAGAGUGGCUGGUUUUCUCCUCCCAAAGUGAUAUUUACACCAUUCCUCAAGGCUGUGACAGAGUUUGAUAUGAUACAGAAUGGAGACAAGGUCCUCGUAUGUCUGUCGGGUGGUAAGGAUUCACUUAGCCUUCUCCACACCAUACGUCAAUACAAGUUCUACUGCCGAGGAAAGGGCCUAACAUUUGAAUUUGGAGCUGUAACCGUUGACCCGCAGACACCAUCAUAUGACCCACGACCUCUGAAGGCCUAUCUGGCGAGUCUUGGGGUACCUUACUUCUAUGAAACACAAUGUAUCAUGGAGACUGCUCAGAACUUGGACUAUGAAUGUGCAUCUAUCUGUAGCUUCUGUAGUCGUAUGAAGAGAGGCCGAAUCUAUGCCUGUGCUCGACGAGAGGGAUAUAACGUUCUAGCUCUGGGCCAACACCUUGAUGAUCUGAGUGAAAGUUUCCUCAUGUCGGUCUUCCAUAAUGGUCUGUUACGAACAAUGAAGGCACACUACACAGUAGGGAAAGAAGACCUACGUGUGAUACGUCCUCUUGUAUAUGUUAGGGAAAAAGAGCUUCGCACAUUUGCCGAACAGAACAAACUGCCAGUUAUAGCAGAGAAUUGUCCUGCCUGUUUUGAGUCACCUAAGGAGAGACAUCGUAUCAAACAGCUGCUGGCUGCCCAGGAAAUUCUACAUCCUCAUUUGUUUCACAGCCUGCUGUCUGCUCUCAAACCUCUGAUGGCCAUCAAUAGAACAAACAUUCAUAUUGCAGAGAUGUUAAGGUCACAGUUGCCAAGUGCGGACGACAUGGAGAUAUAACGACAUGUGUAUGAGGAACUUUACAUGUAUAGUUAGGUCAAUUGAGACAAAGUCUCAUGGUGACCUUGUGUGAUCAACUUCAUCCAGCAUCUUCUCAAAAACUCCUGCUCUGAUUUCUACGAAAUUUUGCAGAAACCUUCCUUGGCUUAAGGUGAAUUAAAAUUGUGAAUUAUACAGUCCCCACCCUCACAGGGGCCUGAGAAGUGGGGCCAAAAGCGGUUAAAUUGACUCAUAUUUCAAAAAUCUUCUUUUCAACAUCCAGAUAUAGUAAAAUCAAAUACUCUGCAUGAAUGGAAGCAUCUUCAGGUGCUUUACCAAAGUCGUGAAUUUUUCAUGGACCCAGGGUCUCAUAUUUCCCUAUGGGGAGGGAGUUAAGAUUACUAUAGUUUAAAUAGGAAAAUUUGAUUUUUGAGCAUAAUUUUUUUAACUUCCAUUGAAAGUAUUUCAAACUUGGUUAGGAUUAUGAGUGUAGGAUGACGGCUUGAUGGUAUGCCGAUAUUGAUCCUAACUGACCUCCCAGGGGCUGAUGGAUGUGGCUAAAAGGGGUCAGAUUGACUCAGAUUUCAAAAAUCUUCUUAGUACACAGGUAUGGUAGAAUCAAAUGCUUUUCAUGAAAAGCAUCUCAAGGUGCUUUAAUUACCAAUUUGAUUUUGCAACUGCUUUACACAAACAGAACUUAAAAUUUAUGAGUUUCUGAUACUGCACGGAAUGUUCAAAAUUUGAAAUUAUCAGAUUUGUCGCACAACCAUCUGCAAAUUAUAUGGUUUGUGCAUCUAUUCAUCGAUUGUUAGAUGACUGUUAAGGGCUAUGACCCUUGUGUUGAGAUAUUUGUUGGAAAUGACUUGGUAAAAAUCAUAAGUAUCAGAUUAUUCAAGUUAAAUAGUCACAUUACACCAGCCCUCAGUUUGAUGAUACCUGUAAAGCUCACAGAACAUUAUCUAAUAUGUGCCAAUUUGCAGCCAUCUGAUGCUAACCUUGGGUAAAAAACAGAGAACUGACUAUGUUUCUUGGUGUCAAAGGACAUUUUAUCCCCACAAAGUGCCUGCAGAAUGGGCAGUUCCUGUCUCUAAUUUAUCCCUCAAGAACAUAGAUCUUGAGAAUGUGUUUUUAAUAACAUCUGUAGUUUGUGUAUUUGUAAUUAGCAGUAUGUAUAUAUGGUGUACAGGAUUACACAUGACAGGUUUAUGAAUUAAAACCAAAAUUCUGAGUGAUGAGUGUGACUUACAAAUUUAAGUUAUGAUGUAUUUAUUUCAUUGUGUAAAUAAAUGUGUCGAUACCCAGA